CAUACUUCCCACUGAGACUGACUUGAAGAUUCUAGUGAUAUUACAGUGAUCGGCAGUCAUACUAACUGGUUCAUCUGUCCUGUGUUAACAUUGCAGGGAUCGCAAACAGUGUGAGAGAGAGACCAGGAGAGAGAGCCAGAGUGGGUUUCACACUCUAACACACCUAACACAAACAGAUUAGAGCAGAUUAACAUGGAUUACCAGAAAAAUGAUUUAGAUCAGAGGUUUAACUAAUGAUUUCAUUAAAAAAAAGUAAUCUGUACAUUUUAUUCCUUCCAUCUUUUUCCUCCUCUACUUUAAGUCGUGAGGAGGAUGCCGUGAGAGGUAGAGGCAGGCCAGAACCUCUUAAUCAGGAAGUAGAAAGUUAAUAACGGGGUGCAGGUCACAGAACGGUAUGGAUUACUAAUACCUCCAGAACCAUAUGCAAACACACAGUGAACUCUUGGACUUGUACAACCUCACAGUAAUGCUCAGUCACCCUGAGCAUUACUGUGAGUAAGAUAUACUGUAUCUGCCCUAAGAUGUGAUCAUACGGAAAACACUUGUACGCCAAAGCAGAAUGUAUUCCAAUAAUCUCUCCAUUUGAUGAUACGUUUUAUGGCUGGAUCUGAUAGUAUCUGUAUCAACUCUGUAUGAUCAAAACUCACUGUAGGACUAGAGUGAAAAGUUAGGCGACAGAGAUCUAGAUAGCGUAUACGAUAGCUCUCUAAGGUUUAUGAUGAAAGGCGGCUAGGGACUAGGGAUCUAUUGACUCCCAUUACUGUUGAAUGGUUAGAGUGAAGAGCCCUAAGAAUCUAUAACAGCAUAAACCUUCAGUCCUGGUUGGACAGACAUGUCCUCCUACCAUCCCUUUCUUUUCUCCUGGUGUGACCCCUCUCCUCUGUUCAUUUGUCCCUUCUGUCCAUCUCUUUUACCUUGACAGAAUCUUAUCCGACUCUCUUUCCCCUUCUCCCUCUAUUCUUGCUUUCCCUUUGUCCCCAUUUUCUAAUCUUUUCUCUACAUUGUUUUUAUCUUCUCUUGUUUUUUUACUCUGUUCUUUCUUUUGAAACUCUCUCACUGAUUUCAAUCUAUCACCAGAACUGUCAUCAUUUUCUUCAUCAUCCUCUACAUCACCAACAACAACUUCAUCCUCACAUACUGCUUUUGAUACUUAUAUCCCAUCUUCCUCCGUUUGUCCAUCUGUCUUUCUUCAUCCUCUUCUUCUCCUUCCCCUGCCCUGAGUCUCUACACACUUCCUCUCCUCCCGCCCUAUCCCUCCUUUUUGACCUUCUCUUACCCUCUCCCCUCCUCCCGGUGUGGCCAUGUUGGAGAACAUGUCUCGUCGGUCCCGCUCCCUGCUGUCCCUGACCCUGACCACUCUGGCUCUGGCCCUGUCCAUCCUGGCUCUCUGCACCUCCUACUGGUGUGAAGGGACUCACAAGGUGGUCAAGCCUCUCUGCCUGUCUCCAGUCAAGAUGAGGAACUGUGGGCAGAACAACAGUGAACCCUACACCACAGAGAGCCCAACUCAGAACCCAUACAACAGAACCCUGCCCAGGAAAUAUAAUAUUCUACUCUCCCCAGAGAGCCCUACUCAGAACCCAUACAACAGAACCCUGUCUCCCCAGAGGAGAGAUGAACUGGCUAAGAUCCGCCAGAGACAGUUGGACAAUGCUGUCCACUACAUCUGGGAGACAGGAGAGGACAAGUACACCUUCAGAUACUUCCACACGGGCUUCUGGGAGAGCUGUGAGAAACACGUUGAUGGUGAGAAGUGUCGCAGCUUUAUUGAGCUGACUCCUGGCGAAACACAAGGUGUGUUAUGGCUAUCGGUGAUAUCUGAGUUCACUUACAUCGGUCUAUUGGGAAUGGGCUUUCUGUUGAUGUGGUUGGAGUUGUUGUGUUCCCAUAAGGAGAUACACGCUCUCAAAAUCAACGCCUAUGCUGCCAUCUGCACCGUACUGUCAGGUCUGAUGGGGAUGGUGGCCCACAUGAUGUACACCACAGUGUUCCAGAUGACUGUCAUCGUUGGCCCUAAAGACUGGAGGCCUCAGACCUGGGACUACGGCUGGUCAUUCGCCCUGGCGUGGAUCUCCUUCAGCUGUUGUAUGGGAGCUGCAGUCUUCACCCUCAACUCUUACACCAAGACCAUCAUCGAGCUGCGCCACAAACAGAGGCUCCGAUUGGAGGAGACCCGCGCCGCCAGCCACGCCCCUCCAUACGAUGAGGUGGUCCCCGGGGGCGGGAUCUACUCUGUCAGCGGCCUAUUGCAGUGCCCAGACGGGAUGAUUGACGUGGCGUGGGCGCCUGACGGGACUGUGAUGGGGGUGGGGAAUGGGGAUGUCCCAACUCUUGUGUUGCUAGGAGGAUGUGGGCCAGAGGGCUGUGAGGACUGUGAAAGAGAGAUGGAUGAGAUGGAGGAGGCCAUGGAGAGGGAAAGAGCUGAUUCGCCCUGUUAAUAAGUGAUGGGUGGGGCUAAAGAGAACAGAGGAGGACUAUGGGUAAUGUAGUCACUUUACAGGUACAGUAUAUGCACCUUGAGCUCUCAAGAUGGAAAGACUGAGACAGAGAAAGACUGAGACAGAGAAAGACUGAGACAGAACUUGAUGGACAUGGGACACAGGAACUGUGUUGGCUGUAAGAGCUACAGUAUCCCCUCUUUGACAUUGAACAGAGAUCACCUUGACAUACAUGGUUCGGGCUAACACUCCUCACAUUGUCAUUCAUUAAUACAAUAGUGCCUAAUGGUAAGGGAUUGUUAUACAGUAUUGUUACACAGUAUACAGUAUGUAUGUAAAUGUAUCCAUGUUAGAAAUAGUUUUACCUAAAGAAUCCAAUACUUUCUGAACUUUGUAAAACAUGCUUUUCACUUCGUCUGAAUGGGUCCCGUUCUGAAUCUGUAAAAUAAACAAUCAUCUCUGUGUC